UUGUAAACUAGCUUUUCUCCUAUUGGUUGAUGCACUUUAUUGAACUGGUCAUUUAUGUGUCUAUCUGCUUUAAGAGUUAACUGUUCUUGCCAUUGUAUUUAUAAUAUUUAGUGUGAAUCUAACACCUACUAAGUAGCAGCUGACAAUACUAAGAAGUCAGAUAAAUCUUGGUAGCAAAAUGAAAUAGUAAAUAUGUAAGUGAAUGCUGAAAAGAUUGAGCUUACGCUGCCGACGAUUCUUUAAUUUCAAGUAAUCAAACAAUAAAAGUAAUUUAAUUGACCGUGUCCUUAGAAAGACACUGUCACAGUUAAUAGACCAACAACAACGAUGAAAACAAUCAUAAAAAUACUGUGAAGUGGAAAAGAAACAAACUUGAUGUAGCAAGAAAAAAAUAGUAUGGGUAAAUUGUCGAAAAAACAUCAACUUGCAAUGUAGAAAUAUUGCUUACAUAACGAUAAAAAAAUAAUAAUAACAAAAUAGUGACCAUGGAAGUCAAUAUAGUGAUUAUUCAUGACAAAAAUACCCAAACUCUCGAAAAUCUUUCAUAAUGCAUAUGGUAUUUGAUUAAAAAUGGCGCAUGUCUUAUGCAAGAAAAUAAAUAUGGUGAAACUCCAUUAGAGCUAAUUCGUCCACGUGCUGCGGCAUUAAUUGCUCCAUUAGCACAAGCUUUAGGACAUGAUUUAUCUCAUCGUCGACCUUUUCGUGAUACAAGCUGGAUUGGUACGAAAACACGAGCACGAGAUGCUACUUUAUAUCGUCUUGAAGGUGAAUCAUGGGAUCCUCGAGAAGUUGAAUUAACAGGUGCUUUAGCUGAUGGUCAUGGUGCUGAGGUACUAAAAGGUUCAUUUAGACGGUGUCCUGUAGUUGUAAAAAUGUUAAAACUACGAAAUUGUUCAACAAGACAGGCACGUGAUUUCAAGGAUGAAUUUCCGAAACUUCGCAUCUUUAAUCAUCCUAAUAUACUCCCAGUAUUGGCUAUUUUUACUGCCACGCCACGUUUAUGCCUUGUCAGUGACUUUAUGCAAUAUGGAAGUCUUUUUGAUGUUUUACACCAACCAGUUGAAGCCAAUAUACACGGUACAACUGAGAUAAGUCAUCGACAAGCUUUACGAUUUGCUGUUGACAUAGCCAAAGGUAUGGAGUUUCUACACUCACCAGAAUUAAAAGUUCCCAAUUUUCGUUUGAACUCCAAACAUGUAAUGGUGGAUGAAGAUAUUGCUAAAAUUGGUGUUUGGGAUACAGUUGAUACUGUUGCACAUGGACAGAAUAUACAACAGUCAAUUACACCUGAUGAAUCGUUAAUUGCUCGUUUAGAUAUGGCAGAUUACAAAUUUUCAUUUCAUGAAAAAGCUCGAGAAUACAAUCCAGCUUGGAUGUCACCUGAAUCUUUACAAAAGAAAGCAAGCGAAAUAAAUCUUGAAGCUUCAGAUAUGUGGAGUUUUGGCGUUAUACUUUGGGAAUUAACAACUCGUAUGAUACCAUUUGAUGGAAUAAAUCCUAUGAUUAUUGGAAUGAAGAUAACUACAGAAAAUCUUCGUCUUCCAAUUCCACCUGAUUUGGACAGUCGAAUUGUACGUCUAUUUGAUUUAUGUACAAAAGAUGAUCCUGGUAAACGCCCAAGAUUUGAUAUUCAACUCAUUCAGUUAUUAGAUAAAAUGCGUGAACGUGCUUCUCAAUGAGAUGCUUAAUUCACUACUGAUAUCGAUCCCGAUUAAUUUUUAAUAACUUACAUUGUGGUCAAAAGGAUUUAAGUGGCGCGUGCUCAUUAUAAUAAAACCAGCAUCACAGCGUUUGCAGCACAAGACAAUGUUCUUAUUCUAUGCUUCAUCUGCGAUAUUUUAUCUCUAAUAUGAACUUUCGUGUAUGUGUAGCAUAUUCAACACAUAUGCACGUUCAUGAACAGUUUUUUGUGGUUCAAUAAUAUCCUUUUUAUCUUAAAAUCGUGCUUCCUAUGAAAAUUAUUUCUUUUUUCCUUAGGUCUAUGGAUAUUUGAUUUCUGUAGUGGUGUCUCUGAAAUAAACGUAUUUAUCGUAAUUCCAACCCUAAUAGUUCUAAAAGGCGUUUCGCAAAUUAUUUCUUAUUGAGCUUAACAGUAUAAUAUUGUCUUCUUGUUAUACAAUCACAGCUGAUAUAUAUAUAGAAAUUGCAUGGCUUAACAGUUGGGCAGUUAUGUACACUUUAUACUCACUCGUGCAUUCUGUUUGAUUUUAUGCACACAAACGCACUAUUGUUAUUGUUUAUGCUAGUAAGGUUUGUGAUAUUAGUUUUUUGUAAUAACUUUCAAAUGGAAAUGAUAGGGUGUAUUGCUUUAUUUUUUAAACAAAUAUUCAUAGCUAUUCCUAUAUACUAAUUGUUAUCUAUGCGAAUAAAAUAUCUUUUUUAUAUAUAUAACAUAAAUUAUUA